UAUCACCGGUACAAGUAGUAUUACGACACACUGCAGUGAACAGUCCAUCGGCAUAAACAGAUCAAAGAGGUCAUACAAUGAACUGUUUCCUAUUCACACUUUUCAUCGUUGCCGCACCGCUUACGUCGGCAUCGUAUGGCUCAGCUCCCAAUGGUGGUGCGUCCUAUAUAUCCGCUGCUUCAUCCAGCGGUCUCGACGAACUAGUGCAAGCUGCUGCCGGUGGAGCUCAUCAGUCUGGGGGAUCCAUCACACCUGCCAAUGCUGAAAUUCCAAUUUCACACGCCGAAGCUUCGCGGCUUACCCAGGUGCAAGCUCAAUUGCAUGCGCUUAACAACAACCCCGUCUACCGUAAUUUGAAGAACUCUGAUGCCAUUGCAGAAUCUUUGGCUGAGUCCAGUUUGGCCUCGAACAUUCGUCAGGGUAAAAUCAACAUUGUUGCACCAAAUGUAGUCGAUCAGGGCGUUUAUCGUUCCCUUUUGGUGCCUUAUGGCCAAAACAAUCAUCAAGUGAUCGCCACUCAGCCCUUGCCACCAAUCAUUGUCAACCAGCCAGCGCUGCCUCCCACUCAAAUUGGUGGUGGACCAGCCGCUGUUGUUAAAGCCGCUCCAGUCAUCUACAAGAUCAAACCAUCGGUGAUCUAUCAACAAGAAGUAAUCAACAAGGUGCCCACACCACUUAGCUUGAACCCAGUUUACGUAAAAGUUUACAAACCAGGCAAGAAGGUCGAUGCUCCACUUGUACCCGGUGUACAGCAAACUUAUAAUGGUGGCUCAUCAUACUCGGCACCUGCUCCAUCUUAUGAAUCUGCACCAGCACCAGCUGCCUCUGCAUCUUCCUAUGGCGGUGAGGCAUCAUAUGGUGGUGAUAGCUCUUAUGACGCUCCUCCAGCUGCAUCUUAUAACGCCGCGCCUGCGCCUAGCAGCGGCUACGGAAGCGCUCCAUCAGCAGGCUAUUAAAUCUAGCGUAAGGCAACAUAAGCGUUGCUUGGUAUUCUUUUCAGUCAACAUUUUUUUUUACAUGUUUUAUAUGUCCUAUUCGACAAUGAAAGAAUAAAAACCAAAUUUUCUUAGAA